CUUUCCAGCAGUUACACAACAGCAGCAUCCCUAUAAAUUGGAGUCAGCCCUGCCCCACCCCAGGAGUCUGGCAGGACGCAGAGCAGAGGAAGGAGUCCCAGAGGUUGCCAGAGAACCUCAGAGGCCAACACCUAGAAGAGCGUUUCGACCUUGGCCAUGCCUGCGUCAGGAGACACGAUUGUGAUGCCGGCCCUGGGUCGCCCUUUCCAGCUGGGGAUGCUGUACGACUGCCGCAAGGACACCCUCAUCCCAGGCAUCACUUUAUGGGACCUGGAGACAUUUCAGAAUCACAUACAGACAAAACCACAGUCCAAGACCGAAUUUCAGAUUGUUGCAUCUGAUACCACUGAAGACAAGACCUCUGCCCUGAAUGUCAAAGCAUCACUGAAGGCCAGUUUCAUGUCUGGCCUGGUGGAAGUGGAUGGCUCCGCAGAGUAUUUAAAUGAUACCAAGACAUCAAAGCAUCAAGCCCGCAUUUCUCUCCUGUACUCAACUACGACACAGUUUAAGCAGCUGACUAUGAACCAAUUAGGGCAUCACAGUAUCUCUUACCCUGAGGUGUUUGACCAAGGCACGGCCACCCACGUGGUCACGGCUGUGCUGUACGGGGCACAGGCGAUUUUUGUCUUCGAUCAGGACAUUUCUUCCUCUGAGAAUGUACAAGACAUACAGGGAAAACUCCACGUUAUAAUUAAAAAGAUACCCCAGGUCUCCAUUGAAGGGGAAGGAGCUCUCAAAAUGGAUGACAUGGAAAAGAAACUUGCUGAAAAGCUCAGCUGUAAGUUUUAUGGUGAUUUUGCUCUUGAGAACAAUCCAGUUACUUACCAAAAUGCCAUAACAAUUUAUUCCACCCUCCCAAAGCUGCUGGGUGAGAACGGGGAGAAGGCCGUACCAGUGAGAGUCUGGCUGUACCCGCUGACCCAGCUGGAUUCCAGAGCUGCUCAGAUGGUGCGUGAGAUCAGUACAAUGCUCAUCUUCGAUGUUCAAAUAGCCCUGGAGCGGCUGACAGAACUGGACAUGCGAUGCAACGACUUGGGGAAGAAUCCGAUUGCCAGAACCUUCCCUGAAACGCAGAAAAAAAUCCAGCUAUUCAAAGAUCUGUGCAUGCAACACAGACAGACUUUCCAGAAAGAGCUGGCAGGACUCUUACCCUCCAUCCGUGGAGGGGGGAAAGAGGAAGAGGCCCUGGUGGACAAUCUGUCACGCAAAAACCUGUCACCCUUCAACACUCUGAAACUCAGUGAGUUUCUGGAUAUAAAGGAGAGAGAGAUGAAUUAUGUGGCAAACCUUAGUGCCCUAAGCAAGGCAGAAGUGAUGCCCUCUCAGAUUGAACUAGAGAAAACAGUGCUUGAUCCUGGGUUUGACUUUGUCGUUUCUUUCACAUUCACCUCUUUACACGACGAGGAGCCAUAUUUAUCUGAUUUACAUCUCUGGCUUCAUGCCCAGUCUACAAAGGACACUCAGGAUCCUGCACCAGCUGGUUCUGCCAGUGAGGAACCAAAAUGCAAAAUGUGGUUUGAGGACAAGGAAAUACGUAAAAAAGCACGAAUAUCUGCCAAGUGCUUUUCAGCUUUUGCCCGUGGCAAUGAAGCUAACAAGAAGACCCGGUUCAUUGUGGCCUCUGUCCCAGACAAGAUCAAUCCAGGCGCUUCCAUUUACCUGUAUGAGGAUGGAGAACUGGUCAGUACCGAUUUCCAGCCCCCAUCAAAGCCUCUUCCUCUCUUGAUUGGUGGAGUCCGACAUGACCGUGUGCAGCUCACGCUGAAACCGGCAGCCUAUGGCAGGGCUGAGAUAUGCGGCUACCAGGCAGAGUACAGACGUGUGGGGCAGGAGAACUGGGUGGCUGUGAAUGUCAGUAACACACAAGAGACACUCACAGUCACAGGGCUCCGUCCAAACACCCAGUACCAGUUCCGAUACGCGGCCGUGAGCAAACCAGGGCUCAGCGAGAGCAGCGACGUGAGCGACACAGUGAAGACGCUUCCUCCUACCAGUCCGCCUGGGAAACCUGCAGCAGCUAAUAUAGAAUUAUCAGCCAUCACCCUGACCUGGGAGAGUCCACGUGCCAUUGGAGAUGGAGUCAGUAUAAGCGAGUACAAGGUGCAAUACAGAAAGGAGGCUGGAGAAGACAAAUGGCUGGAGCGAAGGACAGGAAAUAGAACCGAGACCUACACCGUUGAUGGACUGAAGCCUGGGACACCCUACAGAUUCCGGGUGUCGGCUGUGUGUGCGGACGGGGCUGUGAGUGACCCCAGUGAGGAGAAUUCAAUCUCAAUGCUAAAAGAGAAUCUGACUCUGGAUCCAGCCACGGCACAUCCUGAGCUCGUCCUGUCUGCAGACCUAAGAAGCGUGAGCCGGGGACCGGAGAAGCAGAGGCUGCCUGACAAUCCAGAGAGAUUUGAUUAUUCUUUGUGUGUGCUGGGCUCUCAGGGUUUCACCUCGGGGAAACAUUCCUGGGAGGUGAAGGUGGAGGGGGGGCACACCAGAGACUGGGCUGUGGGAGUCGCUAGGGAGUCUGUGCAGAGGAAGGGAGAGGUUGGCUUUACCCCAGAGGAGGGGGUCUGGGUGGGGGUGCGGCAGUGGGAUGAUACCCUUGACUACCGGGCUCACACCAAUCCUAUCACCCACCUGUCCUUGAGCAGAGAACCCAAGAGGAUCCGGGUCUCUCUGGACUAUGAAGGGGGGCUGGUGGCAUUUAAUUAUGCUGAUGACCUGGCCCCGAUCUUCACUUUCCAACAGGCCUCUUUCAAUGGGGAGAAAAUCUUCCCUUUCCUCUGGGUGUGGGGUACAGGAUUCCAGCUGACCCUGCAUUCCUAAGCCGUAGGGCAGCGGGGCCUGGCCAGCACUAUUGGAUGCAUUCAU